AUGUCUUGGGCAGGCCCGGAAGAUGUCUACCUCUCUACUUCUCUUGCUAGCUAUCUUGAUAAGAAGCUUCUUGUGCUUCUACGAGAUGGACGAAAGCUCAUGGGAACACUACGUUCUUUUGAUCAAUUUGCCAAUGCCGUUCUAGAAGGUGCCUGCGAAAGAGUUAUUGUUGGUGACCUUUAUUGUGACAUCCACUUGGGUCUAUAUGUGAUUCGUGGCGAGAAUGUUGUCUUAAUUGGGGAGCUGGAUUUGGAGAGGGAGGAACUUCCAUCACAUAUGACUCGUGUUUCAGAUGCAGAAAUUAGAAGGGCGCAGAAAGCAGAAAGGGAGGCAAGUGAUCUAAAAGGUACAAUGAGGAAAAGAAUGGAGUUCCUUGAUUUGGAUUAUAUGGGUGGAGUUAGGGUCCAUAGAUCAAUAUUGUUUUGUGUGUGGUUGUUUAUGAGCUUGAUUGUUGAAGGUUCAGUUCACGAGUAUAGAGGAGAGAGAUUUGUGGGCAAAGGAAAUGCCUUUGUUGUUCAUGGCGGCAGUGAAGGGAUUUACUCUUCUGCCUCUGGAAAUCUCAAUGAGACAAGUGUCCUUCCUGCUAAUGGGGACUCUUAUAUACGUUUUGAAAAGAUUACAUUCCGGAGGACCCAGGAAUUUUCCAAUUUUAGUUCGGGGUUGGUACAAGCUAUUGUUUUUGAGGUCGAAGAUAGAGAGUCAAUUGGGGGUUCAGCCUACGGUGGUCAAAGAGCUGUCUGCUGCACAGCUGAUCUUGCAAAGUUGGGUGUGUGUUCAGAAGGAGAAAUCAUUCAUCGUCCUUCAACAAAAGAUCCUAGCUGGCCUCAAGUCUUUGGCGUCUCAUUCAAUGCAGACGAGCUAGUUGCAACAUUGCCAUCAAAAUCAAUACAAAUAUCCAGUACUGGGAUGUAUAAUUUGUAUUUCAUGCAUUGUGAUCCUAAUCUAAAAGAAGUGGUUGUAGAGGGUGAAACCAUAUGGAAAAAUCCCAGUGGCUAUUUACCUGGUAGAAUGGCGCCACUAAUGAAAUUUUAUGGAUUCAUGUCACUUGGAUUUGUUAUAAUUGGAUUAUUCUGGUUCUCUCAGUAUGCAAGAUUCUGGCGAGAAGUUUUUCCACUGCAAAAUUGCAUAACAUUGGUGAUUACACUAGGCAUGUUUGAGAUGGCUUUCUGGUAUUUUGACUAUGUUGAAUUCAACGAGACUGGAAUUAGGCCCACUGGAAUCACUGUAUGGGCAGUUACUUUUGGAACUAUUAAACGUACGGUAGCACGUCUUGUCAUUUUGAUGGUUUCAAUGGGCUAUGGUGUUGUGAGGCCUACCUUAGGUGGUCUUACAUCAAAGGUGAUAUUGGUUGGAGUGACCUUUUUUGUGGCAUCUGAAGUGCUUGAAUUGGUAGAAAAUGUUGGUGCUGUCAGUGACCUUUCUGGGAAGGCCAGGCUUUUUUUGGUUCUUCCUGUAUCAAUCUUGGAUGCCUUCAUCAUUAUUUGGAUAUUUAAGUCUCUUUCUGCCACUUUAAAUAAGCUUCAGGCUAGAAGGAUGAUGGUCAAGCUGGAUAUUUAUCGGAAAUUCACUAAUGCUCUGGCAGUAGCAGUUAUUGUGUCAGUGGGUUGGUUAUGCUAUGAGUUGUAUUUCAAGGCAAAUGAUGUUUACAAUGAGCACUGGCAGAAUGCGUGGGUCAUCCCAGCUUUCUGGCAAGUCCUCUCUUUCUCUCUCCUAUGUGUCAUCUGUGCUCUUUGGGCUCCCUCUCAGAACACAAUGCGAUACGCUUACUCAGAUGACUCGACCGAUGAGUUUGACAGGGAUGAUGGUACUUUAACUCUCAUUAAACCAUCUGCAAUACCUUCUAAGGAUGUUCGAAGUUCACCGGAACCUAGACCAGUGCAAGCCAGCAAUGGAGCAUCUGAUGGGGAUUUGGAAGAAGAUAAGACAGAAUAA